CACCAAGCAGCGUCGCUGCGGACAUGCGCGGUGCGCCGCAUGCGUCCGGCUGGCUGGGUGCUUCGGGUUGCUUCCUCCCUUCCCCGGCGCGGUGCCGGGACUCCACCCCUCAACCAGGCGAAAGCAUGGCGAGCACGGAGGAGAGAAGGGAGUGCGAGACGGAAUGCUGCAGCAAAGACGCCAAACUCCAAUGUCCCACAUGUAUCAAGCUUGGCAUUCAAGGCUCGUAUUUCUGUUCCCAGGAGUGUUUCAAAGGGAGUUGGGCAUCUCACAAGUUGCUGCACAAAAAAGCAAAGGAGGACAAGAAUCAGAAUGAAUGUAAGAACUGUGUGGAAAAAGACAUCAACACAGACCCAUGGCCUGGCUAUCGCUACACGGGGAAACUUCGUCCCUACUACCCACUGACACCUUUGCGGCUUGUACCCAGUGAAAUCCAAAGACCUGACUAUGCUGACCAUCCAAGAGGGAUGUCUGAAUCUGAGCAGUUUCUUAAGGGAACAGCACAGAUCAAGAUCCUCCCUCCUGACGACAUCGAAGGGAUGAGAGUGGUGUGCAGGCUGGCACGUGAAGUCCUGGAUAUCGCAGCUAAAAUGGUCAAACCCGGUGUUACAACAGAAGAAAUUGACCAUGCAGUACAUCUGGCUUGUACUGCAAGGAACUGCUACCCUUCGCCUCUCAACUAUUAUAACUUUCCCAAAUCCUGCUGCACGUCUGUCAAUGAAGUCAUCUGCCAUGGAAUCCCAGACAGAAGACCACUACAAGAUGGCGAUAUACUAAAUGUGGACAUCACCGUCUACCACAACGGUUUCCAUGGUGACCUCAAUGAGACCUUUUAUGUCGGAGAGGUGGAUGAAGGAGCAAAGAAACUUGUUCAGACUACUUAUGAAUGUCUUAUGCAAGCUAUUGACUCUGUGAAGCCCGGCGUUCGCUACAGAGAGCUUGGUAAUAUCAUCCAGAAGCAUGCUCAGGCCAAUGGCUUCUCUGUGGUGCGGAGCUACUGCGGCCACGGCAUCCACAGGCUUUUCCACACUGCUCCAAAUGUGCCACAUUAUGCCAAAAACAAAGCAGUCGGUGUUAUGAAGCCAGGUCAUGUGUUUACCAUUGAACCCAUGAUAUGUGAAGGCGGCUGGCAAGACGAGACCUGGCCCGACGGCUGGACAGCAGUCACCAGAGACGGAAAGCGCUCCGCUCAGUUUGAACACACCCUUCUGGUCACAGACACGGGCUGCGAUAUCCUUACCCGCCGCCUCGAAGACAACGGUCGGGCUCAUUUUCUGAGCCAAAUGUAGGCUGGACUGGAGCUCAUGCGCACGGAGGACUGGACUCAGCGGACGUGUUGGCAUCCAGCUUUUCUGGGUUUCUUGUACUCACUCGCACGUUGAAACAAGAGAAUACUGCUCAAGGUGGCUCUCAUGUUCUUUCAAUUAAAUAUCAGCCCUCAAAUUAAAUGGACAUACUUGAAUUUGUUACGUGUGGAUUGAUUUGAUAAUGAAAUGUGUUUUUGUUUUGCCAAAGGAAACAUUAAAAUAUUUAUGAAGAA